AUGGUGCACGCGGCCACAGCAAACAAACGUAUACUACCGUCUUUGCUCUGCGGCUGCCGCGCGCUGACUGAACGGUCUAAACGUGCUAAGUCUUAUUACACUACGCGGUAUUCAGCAAGCAAGCGAGUAAGCACGGCCGAACCCAUUCGUGCCGAUAAUAAACUUCAUCCCGAUUAUUUUGACUAUCGGGAACGAGGAAGCGUACCUACGUGGCGUGGAUGUGUUGACGUGGCGGAUUCCAACGCGAACAUAAUGUUGAGAUCGUUGUUUGUGGCUUUGGCCGUAUCGGCCGUAUUUGCUGGGGUGCCGACACCUGAAGAGACAAAACGGCUUAUGGAUAAACUAUCUGAGGCAGAGCAUUUCAAGAACGAACACCAUAAUAAGCAGUUUGAUCACGACGCGUUUUUAGGUGAAGAUCAAGCGAAGACUUUUGACCAGUUGGCUCCUGAAGAGAGCAAAAGAAGGCUGGGAAAAAUCGUCGAGAAGAUCGAUGUAGACAAGGAUGGCUUCGUAUCGCUUGUGGAGCUGAAAGACUGGAUCAGAUACACUCAGAAACGGUACAUCACUGAAGAUGUUGAUAGGCAUUGGAAACAGCAUAAUCCUAAUAAUGAUGAAGACAUUCCUUGGGAGACAUACAGGAAGAACGUGUAUGGGUUUAUGGAUGAAAUGGACCCCAAGGAACUCAAAAUGCCAAACAGCGAGGGCUUCACUUACACCAACCUGCUGAAGCGUGACCGGCGGAGGUGGAAUUAUGCCGAUGCUGAUCAAAACGAUGCGUUGAACAGAACCGAGUUCGCUGCGUUCCUACACCCUGAGGAUCACUCGUCCAUGAGGAAUGUAGUUGUGCUUGAGACUAUGGAGGACAUUGACAAAGAUCAGGAUGGCAAGGUGUCAGUAGAAGAGUACAUUGGGGAUAUGUACAAGCCUGAGGACGGAGAGGAUGAGGAGGAACCUGAUUGGGUGAAACAGGAGAGGGAACAGUUUGCUGGAUACAGAGACACAAACAAGGACGGUUUCAUGGACGAGAUAGAGGUGAAAGACUGGAUCGCUCCGCCAGAGUUCGACCACGCGGAGGCGGAGGCGCGCCACCUCGUGUUCGAGGCGGACACGGACGCCGACGAGAAGCUCACCAAAACUGAAAUACUCGACAAAUACGAUCUCUUUGUCGGUUCCCAGGCCACGGACUUUGGUGAGGCCCUCGCUCGACAUGACGAAUUCUAG